AUGGUUCUAAGCACUUUCUAUGGAGCUCUAAAUUCUGAUAUUCGGCUGAGUUUAGAUGUUGCAGCUGGAGGAAAUUUUAAGAAAGCACAUGUUACUCAAGCUAAAGCAAUUCUCGAGGAAUUGGCCUCAAAUAACUAUGCUUGGGCACCUAGUGGUACAAGCUCAGUGAAAUCAACACAAGACACUGAAAUGGUGAACUUGCUCACUCUGAAAUUGGAUGCUCUUACUCAAGAAGUUUGUGGACAAAGGGCAAAUGUCAAUGCUAUUUCUACUCCAAUGGAAGGGUAUAAUGAUCCCGGUACUUAUCAGUACCCACAUGCACAACAAUUUCCAGAGGAAGCAGCUUUGAUCCAAGGAGGACAAUCAUGGUCUGUUCAGAAUAAUUCUUAUUACAAUCCAAAUCAGAGGCCCAACAACAAUCUUUCUUACAACAAUAAUCAUGCUUUUAAUCCAUCAUAUGCAGCUCAGAAGCAGCAACCUCCUGGUUUUCAACCACGUCAGCACUAUCAAAAUCAACAACAGUUUCAACCUCCACCAAAGGAGAAGAAAGAACCUGCUGAUUGGGAAAUUGCACUCAGUAAGAUGAUACAAGGGACGACUGGAGCUUUUGCCAAUAUGGAGACCAAAUUUGAAAAAUUGGAGUCAAGGCUUGAUCAUAUGGCUUCAUCACAAAAGAUGUUGGAAGAUCAAAUUGGGCAAAUUGCUAAUAAGGUUGGUGUUCGUGAGCAAGGAUCUCUACCUAGUCAACCAGAUUUGAAGGGUAAUGAACAAUGCAAGGCUAUCACUUUGAGGAAUGGAAGAGAAUUGCCCGAAGUCGAGGCUGUCAAACAUAAUGAGAAGGCCCCUUCAAAGAAAGACAAGCUAGUUGAAUCUGAGGUUGAAGUUUCAGAAAAGGAAAAUGAUGAGCAGAAAGAUGAAAUUGCACCAAAGGUACCAGUGAAACCAUAUGUUCCUCCAAUCCCUUUACCACAAAGGCUGUAUAACAAGAAGUUGGAGAAACAGUAUGAAAAAUUCUUGAAAACCUUUCGGCAAUUGCAUAUAAAUAUUCCUUUUGCUGAUGCCUUGGCACAAAUGCCAUUAUAUGCCAAAUUUUUGAAGGAGAUGUUGUCUAGGAAGCGAAAACUUGAAGAUGUGAAAACCAUUACUCUGAAUGCGGAGUGUAGUGCAGUUAUUCAAAAAUCAAUUCCGCAAAAGUUAAAAGAUCCCGGAAGCUUCUCAUUGCCAUGCACUAUUGGAAAGAUGGAUAAUAUUAAAGCCUUAUGUGAUUUGGGGGCUAGUGUAAGUUUGAUGCCAUACUCCAUUUGCAAGAGGCUUGGUCUUGGAGAGCUCAAGAAGACAAGAAUCUCACUUCAGUCGGCAGAUCGUACAAUCAAGCAUCCUUUGGGAGUCAAAGAGGAUGUACUUGUCAAGGUAGAUAAAUUCUUUUUUCCUUGUGAUUUUGUGGUGUUGGAUAUGGAUGAAGAUGUGGAAAUGCCCAUAAUCUUGGGGAGGCCAUUUUUGGAUACUGCUGGAACCACGAUCGAUGUCAAAGCUGGGAAACUCAUACUGAAUGUUGGUGAUGAAAAGGUUGAGUUCGAUCUCAAAAAAGCACUGAAGAUGCCUUUAAUUGACGCUACAUGUUUUAAUGUUGACAUAGUUGAUGAGAUUGUGAAGAAUGGUGAUGUAGACUUGGAAGAAGAACAAGCUCCAACUGACAAAUAA